AUGGAGUCUGCUUUAGUCGACAUACCUGACGCGCGCAUUGUACGCAGGGGCGCGCUGUUGGCAGCGGCGGGGAGGUUGGCAGCAGUGAGACACUUGCAGAGCGGAGGCAGUAGUCGAGCGACCACAGGAGCGGCGGGAGCGUCUGCAGUGUGUACGAUGUCGGAUUCACUGGGAAGGGGUAGCGGCGCCGGCGGCUCCGACGGAGAAAGAGCGCCCAAGCGACAGAAAGUUCGUGAAGCAACACCGGAGCCGAGCUCUUCCACAGCACCGGGGCCGAGCUCUUCCACAGCACCGGGGCCGAGCUCUUCCACAGCACCGGGGCCGAGCACUUCCACAGCACGACAGUCAGCAGCGACUCGUCGCGAGGCCUCACCGCAGCCGGGGCCUUCCAGAGAGCAGCAAGAGCCGGACUCGCAGAGUCCGGAACCUGAAGAGCUAGCCAAGGCGCAGAAAGCGCCGCAGGACGGAAAAGCAGCAAAGGGCAAGCCGAAAAGACGGAAGAAGCCUCCGAAAGCAGCGGCGCCAAAACCAGGGAGCAAGCGGGCUCGGCGCUUGAAAAAACUCGAGCGCCAACGGAAGCGCGAGGAGGAGAAGAAGUACUGCGACGGGCUCGUUAGCUUCUGGGAUGGCAUCAUCAGUUACUACAGGGGUCUUCCAGCCCCCCAGGUACCAGAUGUGCAGAUCAUCGAGCCAGAUGCUGGAGAGCAAGUGGUCCCAGACUUAGGACCUGCACAUGCAGCCAUGGGUGCACCAGGAGAGCAGGGUGAGCCACAAGCCAUGGGAGGUGGUGCUGGAGACGCGGGCGAGGCUGCAGCUGAGCCGCAAAUGUAA